AUGACUCUUACUAAGCAAAAGUCAAGGCUUUGGCAAUUUGUGUUGACGGGAAUUCAAGGAUCUUUUCAUGAUGUUCUUCAUGUUUCAACUGCAAGAGCGCUUGAGUGUUUGCAUGACAAAGCAAACCCUCACAUCAUUCACCGUGACACUAAAUCCAGCAAUGUCCUACUCUUUGAGGAUGAUGUUGCCAAAGUUUCUGACUUUGAUCUCUCUGAUCAAGCUACUGCUAUGGCGUCUCGCCUUUAUUCAACUCAUGUUCUUGGAACUUUCGUUUACCACGCUUCUGAGUAA